AUGACACAGAAGAUGCAUCGGAUCGCUUCAAUUCCCGGUGACGGCAUUGGCCAGGAAGUGGUGUCAGCCACCAUCGAGGUCGUCAACAAGCUCGCCUCCAAGCUAGACUUCCAGAUUGAAUUCUCCCAUAUCCCAUGGGGAACAGCCUACUACAAAGAGCACGGCCAGUUCAUGUCGGACGAUGCCUUGGAUGUUCUCCGCAAGUUCAACGCAGUUCUCUUCGGCGCUGUCGGCGAUCCUGAUAUCCCCGACCAUGUUUCUCUGUGGGGUUUACUAUUGAAGAUCCGCAGCCCUCUUCAAUUAUAUGCCAACGUCCGCCCCGUCCGGACAUUCCCUGGCACCAAAACCCCCCUCAACACAGCCAAGAAUGGUAUUGACUGGGUGCUCGUUCGAGAGAACUCCGAAGGCGAGUACUGCGGUCAAGGCGGCCGCAGCCACAUCGGCCAACCGUGGGAAGCGGCCACAGAGCUUGCCAUUUUCACCCGCGUUGGCAUCGAGCGCAUCAUGCGCUUCGCCUUUGAGACAGCCCGUUCGAGACCGCGUAAGAAGCUCACAGUAGUGACUAAAAGCAAUGCGAUGCGCCACGGGAUGGUUCUCUGGGAUGAGGUAGCGGAGGAGGUAUCCAAGGACUUCCCAGACGUCGACUGGGAUAAGAUGCUGGUGGAUGCGAUCACCAUUCGAAUGGUGGCCCACCCCGACUCCUUGGACACGAUUGUUGGAACGAACUUGCACAUGGAUAUCCUGUCAGAUUUGGCUGCUGGACUUGCUGGGUCGAUUGGUGUAGCUCCCUCGAGUAACCUGGAUCCAACACGGAAGAACCCUUCUAUGUUUGAACCGGUGCAUGGGAGUGCAUUUGACAUCACUGGGAAGGGCGUAGCGAACCCGGUAGCAACAUUCUGGUCGGCUGCAGAGAUGCUUACAUGGAUUGGCGAGAAGGAUGCUGCAGACAAGCUGAUGGGCUGUGUUGAGCGAGUGUGUGAGGCGGGAAUCCUGACAGCAGAUCUGGGCGGGAAGGCGAAGACUCGGGACGUGGUGGACGCAGUGUGUGCAGAAAUCGAGCGACUUUAA